UCUGACCUCCGAUUUUCUCUGACAGCCCCCCUCUGCCUGCUGACCCUACUGCUGCUACCCCUCAGUCUGGGGGCUCCCAUCUCGCCAGCUGAGCCCAUCAGUCAAGCCUACAGCCUGGCCCUCUACAUGCAGAAGAAUACAUCAACACUGCUGCAGACUUACCUCCAGUACCAGGGCAGCCCCUUUAGCGACCCUGGUUUCUCAGCCCCUGAGCUUCAGCUCAGCAGCCUGCCUCCUGCCGCUGUCUCCUUCAAGACCUGGCAUGCCCUGGAUGAUGGGGAGCGGCUGGGCCAUGCCCAGGGGGCCUUCCUGGCCUUGACCCAGCACCUCCAGCUCGUAGGGGAUGACCAGAGAGACCUGAACCCUGGCAGUCCUAUCCUGCUGGCUCAGCUCGGCGCCGCAAGACUCAGGGCCCAAGGCCUGUUGGGCAACAUGGCUGCAAUCAUGACUGCUCUGGGCCUGCCCAUCCCCCCGGAAGAGGACACUCUCGGUGUUGUUGCCUUUGGGGCUUCAGCCUUUGAGAGGAAAUGUCGAGGCUAUGUAGUGACCCGGGAAUAUGGCCACUGGACAGACCGAGCUGUGAGGGACUUAGCUCUGCUCAAGGCCAAAUACCCUGGAUAGACGAGGCAGGACUUCCUGCCAGAGGCUGCAACACUUCUUUCCCAAUGGACUCUUUCCUGCCUUGCUUCUUCGCUAAAGGAGACACAUCUUGUCUAGCA